GGGCGCGGGCAUGAACCUGGACGGCGGCGGCCGGGGCGCGGAGUUCGGCAUGAGCGCGGUGAGCUGCGGCAACGGGAAGCUGCGCCAGUGGCUGAUCGACCAGAUCGACAGCGGCAAGUACCCGGGGCUGGUGUGGGAGAACGAGGAGAAGAGCAUCUUCCGCAUCCCCUGGAAGCACGCGGGCAAGCAGGACUACAACCGCGAGGAGGACGCCGCGCUCUUCAAGGCUUGGGCGCUAUUUAAAGGGAAGUUCCGAGAAGGCAUCGACAAGCCAGACCCCCCUACGUGGAAGACGCGUCUAAGAUGCGCCUUGAACAAGAGCAACGACUUUGAGGAAUUGGUUGAGAGGAGCCAGCUGGACAUCUCGGACCCGUACAAAGUAUACAGGAUCGUUCCCGAGGGAGCCAAAAAAGGAGCCAAGCAGCUCACCCUGGAGGACCCACAGAUGACCAUGAAUCACCCCUACCCCAUGGCGGCUCCUUACCCCCCACUCCCAGCCCAGCAGGUUCAUAACUACGUGAUGCCACCCCUCGACCGAAGCUGGAGGGAUUACGUCCCUGAUCAGCCACACCCUGAAAUCCCGUACCAAUGUCCCGUGACGUUCGGACACCGCAGCCACCACUGGCAAGGCCCAGCUUGUGAAAAUGGUUGCCAGGUGACAGGAACCUUUUAUGCUUGUGCCCCACCCGAGUCCCAGGCUCCCGGGAUCCCCACAGAGCCAAGCAUAAGGUCUGCUGAAGCCUUGGCGCUCUCAGACUGCCGGCUGCACAUCUGCCUGUACUACCGGGAAAUCCUGGUGAAGGAGCUGACCACGUCCAGCCCCGAGGGCUGCCGGAUCUCCCACGGACACACUUACGACGCCAGCAACCUGGACCAGGUGCUGUUCCCCUACCCUGAGGACAAUGGCCAGAGGAAGAACAUCGAGAAGCUGCUGAGCCACCUGGAGAGGGGUGUGGUCCUGUGGAUGGCCCCCGACGGGCUCUACGCUAAAAGACUGUGCCAGAGCAGGAUCUACUGGGACGGGCCCCUGGCCCUGUGCAGCGACCGGCCCAACAAACUGGAGAGAGACCAGACCUGCAAGCUCUUUGACACCCAGCAGUUUCUGUCAGAGCUACAAGCGUUUGCUCACCACAGCCGCCCCCUGCCAAGAUUCCAGGUGACGCUGUGCUUUGGGGAGGAGUUUCCAGACCCCCAGAGGCAAAGGAAGCUCAUCACGGCUCACGUGGAACCUCUGCUCGCCAGACAACUGUAUUAUUUUGCUCAACAAAACAGUGGACAUUUCCUGAGAGGCUACGACAUCCCCGAACACAUUAGCAGUCCGGAGGAUUACCACAGAUCUAUCCGCCACUCCUCCAUUCAAGAAUGAAAAAUGGCAAGACAAGUGAUUUUGUUU